UUUAUGAUUUAUUUUUUCAGAAGAAUUAAUUUGGAAUCAGGCCCCGUUUAAAUGUUUAUUUGUAAAGUGUAGAGAUAUAUUAUAUAUUAUCGCUUAGUUAGUUUGUGACACUUAAAUACCUACUGUAAAUUGACAGCAUUGUCAACGCUAUUCAUUCUGUAUUUUGUUACCAGUGUUUCCUUUGAAUCCUGGUUUUAUUAUUUUCUCCAUUUCUGCACCGUGAGAGGUGACGAGGCUCGGAUAUUCAACGCGAAAGCCAGAUUCUUUAAACCUUUGGCUGUACUGACGGGGAAACAUGUCAGCCGAAUCUCUUAAUGUGUCCAGCAUGAGAGAAGUAAGCACACAUCGUGAGGUGCGUGGGGAUCCUUUAGCGAGGGAAGCGCGCGUUUCCUUCUGUGCUGCUGGUCCUAGACCCGAGCGCGUUUACACGCACGCUGUGCUUCUGGAGUUGAAGAUGCACCCCCUAGCGCAGAUCUGGCCUGAGUACCUGGGUCUGGUGUACAAGAACACACGGGGAGUCUGGGACCCGGAUAGGUGGCAUCUUGAUCAGAAGCGGAGUGAGACCCCUGUAGUCAAAGAUGAUGGAGUUGAAGUAAAGAAAGAAGAGAAAGACGUAGAGAAGGACCCUGAGACUGCGAUCAUUUUAUCUCCUCAGCGAGCCAGCUUUCUCUCUGGUUGCCAGGCAGCUAAGGAUGAACUCAACCUAAGACCUGAUCAGCCAGGGGCCGGCCGACGAGUUGGAAGUGGACGAAUUAUUCGGCCGGAAAAGGAAGAUGCACCGCCACAACGAGGAGCCAGGGUUAGGAUUGAGAGAGAGCCUGCACCACCGAGGGACUGGGAUCAGCGGGAGUUUAGUAAAUACGGAUUUCGACGAGAGGAUGAGGAACGUCGAGGUUGGGAAGAGCGGCGGGAACCGUAUCCCGACGAAAGAGACGCAAGAGGCAUGGAUCGGCGGCGGGGACGAGGUGGGAGUAUUGGCGGUGGUAACGUAAACCGCCGGCGGGAUAAUGAACCUGAAUGGAUGCACGAGUCCGUAGCUCUAACCGACAUUAUUGAAUUGAAAGGUUUCGACGACAAAGGAGGUCGGGGAAGUCGACCUAACAGUCGUCAAUCCAUCAAAUCUGACCACAGCGCUGCUGGGGGUAGGGGUCCACGACAACAUUCCGGACCUGGAGGCAAGACUGCCGGAAACAAUCCUGCUCCGGUUAUCGUUCCUGAACAGGAGAAGGACGGAUUUAACUUUGAUCAUAUCAUGGAGUCAAUGAACUCUAUUCUGGACGGAGGAGUGGCUGAAGAGGAACCUGUUCAAGGUGUUCAGCCAGGUCAAAGCAGGUUCUCUCAGUUCUUCCAGCCCCGUGCUGAACCAGGGACCCAGAGCAGACGUUCAUCUAUCCAGGACGAACUUCUCGGGAGUAACAUUCUCCGGGAGAUUAACGGUGAACCGAUGAUUAAAAUUCCAUCUCCUAAUGAUUCGAACAAGUACUUCACGCCUAUAUCUCCUGCUGCUAAGACGGUCAAGGGGAACAACGUUCUGUUGGAUAUGUUGCAGAAGGGAAACCAAAACAAGACGGAUGAAACUAUUGUUCAAAAACUCGAAGAUGGAAUCAAGAGAAGCCUAGGGCUGGAGGACGGAAUUAGAGCUGCAGAUGAUGUAUUGAAGCGCAGUCUUGGAUUGAAUGAAGUGGACCCUCGUCUUGUUCAGCUUCAGCAGCAGGUUCUACAACAACAAGCAGCUCAACUUCAGCAUCAACAACGUCCACAGCCGGUACAGGAUAAUGACCUCUCCGCUUUCAAGAAAUUGGUUGCCCAAGUGAAGGGUCAGCCUGCUGAGCGUCCUCCUGCUCCUGGUUUUCGACCUGGUUUAGUGCGACCAACUCCAAUCUCCAGUCUACCCGCUACAGCUCUUACCGAGCAUGAUAUAUUGGAGGGACGGGGAGGACAGAGGUUUAUGGGGUUCUCAGGUUUACCCAUACAGCUUUUACAGUUUCUGGAGGGGUUUCCUUUGAACCGCGAAGUGAUAAAGAGAAGUGAAGCUGAACACCUGAUAAACUGUAUCAGCAACGGAACUGUUCCCAUGGAAUCCCUGGUCCCUCAUCUCUCCAACCCUGCUCUACCAACCAGGCAGAGGGAACUUAUCCUCAACGUCCUGAAGCUGAAGACCAUGAGCUCUGGGCUGGGGGUUCCUACGCCACAGAUGGGGCCGCGAAGCUCACCGUUGAAUGAGUUUUUCCUGUCGCAGCCCCCGCCUGUUCAUCAUACAAGGGUUUCUCCGCUACUCUUCUCAGGUCCAGGUGGUCCUGGUUCAAGCCAUCUCUCUGUAUCACCUGUCCCUCAGACCCAACGCGUACCUUCACCCCAGGAGAUGACCGUGUUGACCCAACACAUCUUGCAGCAGGCCCUCAUCAAGAAGAAGCUAGAGGAGCAGAAGGAGAACUACAGAAGAAAACACGAAACUGGAAAACAGGAUGAGAAGGAGAAUAUUCGCGGAUUUCGAGCUCAUGAGAACGGUUCCUCCUCCUCCCCCCUGGCCUUUACUCCGACCUCUGUGAUGAGGAAGAAUGCUGCGGACAGGAAGGAUUCUGAUCCUAGAGCUGGAGUACCGGAGCUCAAGAUAACUGGGCAGGAGGAGCAGGGAGUGAAUCAAUCUCCGGUUAGUCCAGGACGACCCAUUCUUAAGGGAGGUGUAUCUGAGCGACCAAUGGUUUUGGAUCUUGGAGGUGGAAGAUCUGCCUGGGACGGACCACAAGGUCAUUCUCGAGGUCAUCAGCACAACCUACCCAGAGCUCAGUCUCAACACCUACCUGGAGCUCACGGACAGCACCUGCCUGCUGGGUUGCUAGCUGGCGGUCAGAAUAUACCUGCUGGUCUGCUUGGGGGAGGUCAACAGAACCCUCUGUUGUACCUCGCUAAUCAACAGUUGCCACCGUCUGUUUUAGGCCACGGGGGAGUUCCACAGUUUAACGGAAAUCUUAAUGCGUUGUUCGGAGGACGAUUCCCUCAACAGAACAUGAUGGGAGGUCAUUCACUGGGACGAGCAGAACUUCCCUCUUCCCGGGGGGAAGGUGGACACAGUCCUGCACCCAACACCCUCUCCAGGUUCUUCUCAAACGACGUGCUGGCGGCCGCCGCCGCGUCCGGAGGUGUUGGACCGCCAAAAAUGCCACCGCUUCCAACCGGUCAAGCGCUAACCCUGGAAGAAAUUGAACGUCAAGCCUCUGCUGUUAAAAUCUAAAUCUGUCUCGCGCCAGUUUCUCCAAGGAAUCCUCGAUAUUACGCGAAAUGUAUUUUAAAAUCGAUUAAAUAAGAAUUAUCCGUCAAUAUAUUUUUUUAUCCUUGGGUUACAGCCUAAAACGAAUUCUUUUUCUGCCUUGGUCGCUGCCUCGACAGGGUAUUUUGUCGAUAAAUUUAACAACAAUGUGAUUGUUCACUUCAAAUAUGAUGAACCGGUUUUCUUUGUUUUCAGUGUCUGUUAAGCUGUAGUAAUCGUGUUACGUAUGAAGUAUAACACUGUCCGGGGUUCCAUCUUAAUUGUAUUAUAUUAAUAUUCCCUGUAUUGAGGCCACAUUCCGUUCAAAUAAUUGAGAUCAUUUUUGAUUAGGUCAGAAUUUGAUCCUUCAUAAAUCGCCCAUCAAAUGUUCUUUGUCCUAAUCUGGGUUCUAACGGCGAUAACAAAAUAAUCUAAUCCAAUUUUAUUUUUCAAUGCGGAUGUAUUUGAAAGGGCAUUAAACAAAUUAUGUUUACUUCCACCUUAUACCUGGAGAUUUAUAAGAUUUGAAUGUCGUAAAAUACACAGGAUUAGAUGUUCGGUUUAAGUAAGCUCUGAAAUUAUUUUCGAGCUGAGCGAGAACCCUAUAUCCCCUAUAUAGUCUUCACGGUAAAUUUGAAUGUCUAUGAUAUCAUUUAAGUUCGUACUUAACAAGUAAUAAAUUGGUAACUCUAA